CCCAAACCAAAAAUUAUCAGGGUGGAAAUUACCACACCUCGAGGACUCAUAGAGCUCACAAUAAACAUCUGGCUGGCGCAACCCAACCUCUUCACAUGUAUUUUACUCUUACAUCUCCCCUUGCACAAGACACACCACAACGCACUCUAUGGACGGGCCACUCAAGAUGAACGGGGCCUUGCGGGCAUUAUCACUAAAGGCCUGCCGCGAGAGCCAUAAUUGGCAUCCGGUAACAGAAGGACAGACCUUCUCAUACCAAGCAAAGGGUACCAAGGCACAUGAAGACCUCGUCCUUCAAUUCCUCGAGGAUUAUCAUGAUGACAUUCAGCACUGGGAGGCUGGCUGUGAGAUCGUCAGGCGAGGACCGUUCAUGUUAAAAGAAUGGAGGGCAAAAGCAAGCGGCAUAAUAAUCCCUCUCUUGGAGGACGACAGCGAGCUUGGCGCAGCUGAGAAACCUCUUGUCAAACUCAUCAAGCUCCCGCCGUCUAAAUUCGAAAUCGAUUUUUCUUUCGGGUGGCAAGGGUGUGUCUUUUUGUCCCAUCAAGAUAAUAGAAUCAAAGUAGAGAAAGGUAGUAUAAAGUUUAUCCUGUUGCACGCUGUGCCCAAGAAGGAGGAUACUAUGGAAAGCACCAACACCGGGGAAGGGCAGGCUGUGGGGGCUAUGGACAAGUUGUAG